CCCGAUUGCGAUGGGUGGCGGGCAAGCACCUGGCCCAGUGGAGGUGUGGGGAUCGGCUGAGCACUCAGGGCCUGCCCGGGUCCGAUGGCGGCGGCGAUGGCGCUGGUGGACCCGGCGCGGGUGAGUGGAGGGCGCCCGCCGCCCUCACUCACCGGACCCCGGGCCCAUGAUAGAGGGGAGUGGGGAGUCCCUGGACUCUUCCUCCACCUUCAUUUCUCUUUCUUUGCUUCUGGGACCCUAGGAUCACCCCAAGCCCGGGGUCCAGAGUCCUGGCUGGGGGUUAUGUGGAAAGUUUCACCAUUCUGGAAUCCAGUGGGACAAGAUGUGGGAAGCUCUUUCAGACAUAGGAACCAGGAUGUGCAAAUGCUUAUAGAGAUGAAGCUGAGCUGGGAGUAUCCAGGGAACUAUAGGUCUUCUUUAUGUCUGGUGGGCAGGAGUCAGGCCUGGAAUGGCAGUCUGGGGAGCUUGGCCUGUAAUCUGAGACUAGUGGGAACCAUGGAAGGUGUGCGGUAGAGGAGAGGAGAAAUGUGAUCUGACACAGGUGUUCACUGGCUCCCUUUGGCUGCAGAGUGGAAAACAGAGGUGGGGUUGGGGGUGGGUGAGGUUUAGGGAGCAGAAAGGGAAGCCCAUAAGGAUGCUCUUUACUAGAUCAGGUGGGUGAUGGUGUCGGCCUGGUGACUGGAGUUGGUAGAAGUGGUUGGGUUUUGGAUCUUUCUUUUAGGCCAGCCAGAUUUUAUGAUGUGCAGAAAAGUGGAGGAGGCUGGGAUAAUCCCCAUGGAUUUUGGCCUCAACUAGGAGAAGGUAGAAUUGAAAUACGUCGAUUGAGAUGGGGAGGUUGCUGAGUGUAGCAGGUUUCAGGGAAGAUCGGAAGGCAGAUUUUUGACCCUGUCGAGGCUGAGAUGUCCUAAAGACUUCCAGGUCAUCUGGACAUUGAAUGUCUGAUUAUACUGAGGAAUUCAACUUGGGGACAUCCAGUUAGCAGUCAGCCUGUGAACUGAGGUGGAGCUCUGGCUCAGAUUUGGGAGGGGGUAUCUUUAGCUUAUGGUGAAAGAUGUCCCACAGGAGCAGCUGAGGACUGGGUGACUGGCCUGGGUACCUAGGCAGGGUUGGUGGGUGUCACAAAGUCAGAUGAAGGGAGGAGCAGCCAUGAGAGAAGGUGUGUGUAUGAGAGGAUCCAGAACGUGACCAAGAUCCUUGGGAUAGGCUGAAGCAUAUUGGAGAUGCAAGCAACAUGACAGUGGGAAUAGGGCUGAUGUUUAUUUACUUUUCUAUGGACUCACCAGCAUUUCUUGGCCAUCCUCUGUGGGACCUGAGGGUUUUAGUCAGGAUAGCAGAUUAGCUCAAUGGUAAUCACCUGGGGGUAUCCCAUGCCUGGGGUGGGAGGUGGUGGGGCCGGGCUUUGAAUGUGCAUUCUUACGAGGAGAGAGGAAUACUGUGGAUGGUGAGGGGACAGAAUCAAUAAAGGCAGAGAGACCUGGAGGUCCCAGAGGUCUUUGUGGCCCAGUCUGGAUGGCUAAGGGAUAAAGGUAGGAAUAGGAUCAAUUAGAGAAACUCAAGGAAGGCUGGAUGCCACCUCUGGAGGUUGGGACAUUUGGAAGUCUGGGUCAGGAUGAGAUCCUGAUUGACCUCACCAAGUGAGCCACAUUCUGGACACCAUUUGCAGAGUGAUAUGUAGGGGCUCGGGAACCUUUGAAGAUGUGGCUGUGUACUUCUCCUGGGAAGAGUGGGAGCUCCUUGAUGAGGCUCAGAGGCACCUGUAUUGCAAGGUGAUGCUUGAGAAUUUGGCACUUGUAGCCUCACUGGGACUUACAACCUCUAAGUCCUGUGUGGUUGCUCAUCUGGAACAGGACAAAGACCCUGGGAGCCUGACAGAGUGGACAUGUCUCCAUACACUGUUGUUGGUGUGGAGUAGGGGAAGCCCCUCUUGAACAGAGUGUUUCUGUAGAAGGAGUGCCCCAGUUCAGGACCCCGAAGGCGUGUCCUUCUACCCAGAAGGCCAACACCUGUGACAUGUGUGGUCUGGUCUUGAAAGACAUAUUACACUAGCUGAGCAUCAAGGAAUAUACCAUAGGCAGAAACUAUAAAAGUAUGAGGUGUGUGGGAGAGGGUUCUGGCUCAGUACAAACUCUCGCCAGCACCAAAUGGAAGAGCACAGUGGAGAAAAACUCUUCACAUGCAGGGAACAUGUUAAUGAUGUCCUGGACAGCCAUGACCUCCUGCAGCAUCAGGCUACCCACAGCAUGGGGAAGCCACACAGGAGCACCAAGAACAAGGAGGCCUUCCAACACAGCUCUAGCUGCCAGCAGCAGCAGGAAGUCCAUGCCACACAGAAGCCCUUCAAGUGCAGCAAUUGAGGGAAAGCCUUUCUGAAGGCCUUCAUGCUCCUGGACCACCUGAUAACUCACUCCAAAGAGAGACCUUUCAGAUGCCCCACAGGGGGAAACUUCUCUAAAUAGAACUUGACUGUUGUUGAUCAGCAAAAAAAUCACGCUGGAGAAACAUCCCAUGUGUCUAAGGAAUGUGGGAAGGCCUUCAGGCACCUUUUUAAACUGAGGACACAUCAGAAAGUUCAUACCAGACAAAUGUAUCACAGUUGCAGUGAAUGUGGGAAAACCUUCACCCGGAAACAUUCACUCGUUCAGCACCAGAGUUCACACUAGAGAACGGCCUUAAUGAGUGUGGCCAGUGUGGGAAGGCCUUCACUCGCAGCUUCCAAGUUGUUCAGCAUCAGAAAGUUCACAACAAAGAAAGGCCUUAUGAAUGCAGACAUGCCAGAGAGUCUUUAGCUGUAUUGCCAAUUUUGUUGAGCCCCAGAAAAUACAUAUUGGGGAAAGGCCUUAUGAAUGCAAUGAAUGGGAGAAAGCCUUCAUUAAUAGCUCUCCUCUUGUUCAGCAUCAGAAAGUUCACAACACAGAAAGGCCUUUUGAAUGCAGUGAAUGUGGAAAUACCUUCCAGCAAACCUCCAAACUUACUCUGCAUCAAAGGAGUCAAACAGGAGAAAGGGCUUAUAAAUGCAACCAGUGUGGGAAAGCCUUCAGUUGCCCCUCCAACCUUGUUCCACACCAGUGAAUUCAUACUGGAGUGCUUGGAAUGUGGGAAAGCCUUCAGGCAAAGCUAUGCCCUCAUUCAGCACCAGAAGGUUCACACUUGAGGAAGGCCUUAUGAGUGCAGUGAAUGUGGAAAAGCCUUCAGUUAUAACUCUAACCUUGUUAAACACCAGAAAGCUCACACUGGAAAAGGGCCUUAUGAGUGCAGCCAGUGUGGGAAAGCUUUCAGUGAAAGCUCCAUCCUCAGCACCAGAGAGUUCACACUGGAGAAAAGCCUUAUGAGUGUAACAAGUGUGGAAAACCUUUCUAUUAUAGUUCAAACCUCUCUAAACACCAGAAAGGUCAUACUGGGAAAGAGCCAUCUGAGUGCAGUGAACAUAGGAAUGCCAUCAGCCAGAGCUCUAGUCUCACUUAGCACCAGAAAAGUCACACCAAAGAAAGGCCUUAGGAGUAUGGCAAAUGUGGAAAACAACUAACCGGGGCAUUCUCCUUAUUCAUCUUUAACGGGUUCACUCCUGAGAAAACUUUUGUGAAAGGAACCUUUGUGAAGAAGCCAUAAGCCAAAAAUUGGAAAAUAUCCCAAUAUCCCUACCAGGAGAUGGCCAGAAACAUAGGAAGCUUUCAGGAGCUACGUCACAUUUUGUAAUCUCCCCAGGUGCUUUGCCAGAUUAUAUCACUGUCAGAUGCCAUCUCACUUCUACCAGGUGGCAGCCCCCCCCCCUUCCUGGCCGAUAGCCUGUCAUCUCAGCAUACUUAGAGAAGGCUGGAGGGAGAUCUUGUGUUCUCAUUCUCUGGAGGGAGACAUGAAUGAUGGCAGCACUUUGGGGUGGCCCCAUUUUCCAUCUCUGCCCUGUACCCAAUUGUUAUGGCAUGGCCCUGACCUCUUUCUCUCCAAGAGGAUCUGACCAGAGCCUGAGGACUUACACAAGUAGUAGUAGGAAUUGUUAGGCAGAAAGACAUUCCUCUGUCCUAUGGUCCUUAUACCUGCAUUUAGAAUCAAAUUGACAUGAUACAGAUUAACAGGAGAAAAUAAAAUUUAUUAGGCAUACAUACAGGGAAUCAACAGAUACGAAAUUCCAAAGACGGUGAAGCAACAUGAAGCUAAGGGUAGAGGACUGAGGAUACAAAGGGGUGAAAGCUCAGUAGCAAGAAGUUGAAAGGAGAGGUUUGGAAAUAUAAGCUUUCUCUAUUAUGUAGAUAAAUUCCUUAAGUAGAGUCUCUGUUAAUAGUUCCCAUCCUAUUAGUCUCUCCUUUCCAAUGAAAAUUAGGCAGUUGUGGGGAAGGUAGAGAGCUGCUCCUUAAUCUGUUGGGUUUUUAUUACUUUUUUUUUUUUUUUUUUAAGGAGGCUCCACUCCCAGUGCAGAGCCCAACUGCCCCAUGACCCAAGAUCAAGACAGCUGAGCUAAGAGUCAGACGCCUAACUGACUGAGCCACCCAGAUGCCCCUCGAUUACUUUAACUCAAAAUAAUCUCUAUGUCAAAGUGGCCCAUCUUGGAGCAGCCUACCCUUGGCCCCUAAAGAAUCUACCCAAGUGAAAUGAAAACAUAUAUCUACACAAAGAUUUGUAAGCAUAUGUGCCUAGUAGCAUUAUUUAUAAUAGCCAGGAACUGGAAACAAUUCAAAAUCUACCAAUUAAUGAAUGAUAAAUAAACUGUGGUAUAGCCAUACAAGGGAAUAUUAUUCAGCAAUAAAAUGGAAUAAAAUAUAUAAAAAUAACAUGAAUAAACCACUAUGCUAAGUGAUAGAAAUAAGACAAAGAGCUAUAUAUUAUAUGAUUCCAUCUAUUUCUAAAGAGAUUUAUUUAUUGACACACACACACACACAGAGGCAGAGGGAGAAACAGGCUCCCCACAGGGAGCCCGAUGAGGGACUUGAUCCUGGAUCCCAGGAUCAUGCCCUGAGCCAAAGGCAGAUGCCAAGCUGCCGAGCCACCCAGGCGUCCCAUAUAUGAUUCUAUUUAUAUGAAAUAUCCAGAAAAGGCAAAAGUGUAAUAUAGAUUGGCAGUUGUCAGGUGCUAGGGAUAGGAGUGGGUUUUGGCUAUAAAAGUGUUCAAAGGAACAUUCUGAGGCAAUGGGUAUGGGAUGAGAUAAUAAUGGCUGUACAACUAUAAAUUUAUUAAAAGUCAUUAAUUAUGCACUUUUAAUAGGUGUAUUUUAUAAUACAGAAAUUACAUUUCAAUAAAGCCACUUAACAAACAGGAAUAUGGGCUAUUCUUUCUCAAAGUCCUGGAGUUCCUGACCAUAUGGAGAUAACCAAAAGUAUCUACCCCACUAAGAGAUGACAGGAAUGCAUAAAACAUUGGUUAGGAGUAUAGCUGUGGGAGAUAACAGAUCCUUAAGACCCUCUGACACCUAGAUCUUGCAAGGGCCCAAACAUUAAAAUGCUGUCAGGCCAGGCUCUCUCAUGUCCUAUUUCUUCACACUCAGUAUUCUCUAUCUAUAGUACUCAUUUCAUCCUUGUACAAACCAAGUAGGUGAUAUAUUACUAGGAUAUGGCCUUCAGAGCACUUCCAACACUGCUGAGGUGGGAGAGACAGUCCCUGAAACACAUACCAUCAUCUUGCUUCUUCCAGGCCAACCACUGCCUUUUCUAGGGAGAACUCCAGGUCAGAAGCUUCAGAACACACAAGCUUCAUUCUUUGCCAGGAAACAUGGGAUAUAAAUGCAAAUUGGGUCACAUCUAGACAGACAUGCUCCAUGCCUUGCUGCUGUGCACUGUCAACUGAUAGGGACCCUGAUGACCAAACUAAGAACACUUCUGUUAUGUACUCAAUGCACUCCUGCUAAACAGAAGAAGCUCAAUGAAGGCAUCAUGGAUGUCAAAGGCAGAUUUCACAAAGUCCAUAAUGGGAAAUUUACCCAGAAGCCCUCCAGAUACUAUCAGGCCCCUUGCUCAGAGUAGGAGUCAUGUCCAUGACAAACUCAGUCAUGGGUGAGCACUAUGAUACCACUUCAAUGGGUACAGGGCCACCACCAUCCUUCCAGGGCAGGGCAAGCAGAGAACAGGGGCUGCUUAUGCUGAGCCAUCGGAGUUGACCAUCAAACACAGAACAGCAUUUUCCACAGCACCCAACAAUGUGAUAAGUGGUCACAAGGUACAAUAUGGCCCCUAUAGGCUUCCGUACACACAAGGCAGUCAUGGAGUGUCUCCACAGGUGGAGGUUCAUCUAUACAAGGUCCAACUUAUGGCUGAAGGCUACUCGAGUAGGUUCUUUCUCAGGUAUUAUUGUUUUUAUAUUGAAUGAAGUUUUUUAAAUAGGUUAAUUAUUUAUAAUCAAAUGCUAAAAAAGAAAAGGGCAGCUGAAGACUUUACUGCAUUCACUGCUCUCAAAUGGCUUUUUUCUAGUGAAGUUAUUGGUGUUGGCAGCACAGGAGCUGUGGCCAACGGCUCUCUCAUGCUGGCUGUACACACAGGAGCUUUCUCCAGUGUGAAUAUUUCUAAUUUUUUUUUUAUGAUAGUCACAUACAGAGAGAGAGAGAGAGGCAGAGACAUAGGCAGAGAGAGAAGCAGGCUCCAUGCACUGGGAGCCCGAUGUGGGAUUUGAUCCUGGGUCUCCAGGAUUGCACCCUGGGCCAAAGGCAUGCGCUAAACCUCUGUGCCACCCAGGGAUCCCAGCACAGGACACAUUAAGGGGAGGUCACUUGUGGAGAACCUGACCGUAAGAUGACAGAAGGAGAAAGGCUGUGAGGCAAAAGACAUGGAGGAAUCAGCCAGGGUCAAGAGUCAAGGGAAAGUAGAACAGAGUGUCAGAAAGUGGUCAGAACGAUAGAAAAGAGACAUGGCUAUUGGGCACCAGAGUAACAGAGGGCAUAGGUCAGAUACCACAUGAGAGAUCAGCCCACUUCUAUAGGCCCUCCCAUACCAGUUUUGCAUUGACCAGGACUGGUCCUUCAUGGGCCUCUCUGGUCAUUGACUGAUUCAAGAUGCUCUGUACAGGUCUCCUUGCCAGGUUCAACUUGGGUGACCACAUUUAGGGUAGUGUAGACAGUCAUUCUUAUGGUGGAUCAAGUGGUUUGUGAGAGGUCAACUCCAUGUCAGGGUAAUUUACCCAUGACAGAGCAAGGUGAGUGAGGAUCACCCAUGCAUCUGGAAAACUGAACCUCACAAAAUGAAUAACCGGGAAAGAUCUCAGCAGGAGAUCUUUGACAAUCAUUGUCCCCACAAUCAUUGACCAUGUCAGUACUCAGGUGCCAUCACAGGAGCUGACAAGGGACAGCUGGCAGGAAACCUCCUGGAGUAUGGAGGUAUGACAGAGGGGACAGAAAAGCAACAGGCCCUGAUGGGGUCUCUUGGCCAGAUAAUCACCAAGCUGGAUGUGAUCUGUUAUUUGGAUUGUGAUAUUUUUGCCCCUUGACAAUGAUGAAAAGGUCUCAAGGCAAAAGCAGUUGGGGUUGCUUAUGCAGCAUUCUGGGAGAAGAGCCAUCAAGACAUGGGCCAGCACCAGGACCAGCAACACAUCCCAUGGGGAACACAUUUGCCUAACCUGGUGAAGACAGGACUAUGCCAUGGUAAUAGCUCCACUUUUUCCAAAAUAGAGCCCAGUGACCUUUGAAGAUGUGGCUGUAUACUUUUCUAAGGAGGAGUGGAAGCUUCUUGAUGCUGGCCAGAGGCAUCUGUACUACAGUGUGAUGCUGGAGAACUUUGAGCUCAUGACCUCCCUUGGUUGUUGGUAUGGAAUGGAAGAUGAGGGGGCCCGUUCAAAGCAGAAUGCUUCUGUAGAAAGGAUGUCACAGGUCAGGAUCCCUAGUGUAAAUCCUUCCACUCAGAAGGCUGACACCUGUGAUAUGUGUAGCCCGUUCUUGAAAAACAUUUUACACCUGGAUGAACAUCAAAGAACAUAUCCUAAGGAGACCCCCUACACAUGUGGAACAUGUAGAAGAGAAUUUGAGUUCAGUGCAAACCUUCACUAUCACCAGAAGGACAAAGGACACAGUAGAGAAAAGCCCUUCAGAUGGGACAAGGACAAGGAUUCAUUUGUAGAAAACCUUGUAGUCUACCUGUCAGAGAAGCCCUUCACUUGUGGGGAAGGUGGUAAGGAUGCCUUGGACAGCCAUGACCUCUUCCAGCACCCAGCCUUUGGCAACAGCAGGAGACCACAAAGGAGCAUAGAGUGUAGGGAGGCCUUACAUAGCUCUAAUCUUGAGCAGCUCACAGAAGUCCAUACCACACAGAAGCUCUUCAAGUGCAACAAUUAUGGAAAAGCCUUUCAGAAGACCUCCACUCUGCUCAGCCCCCUGAGAACUCACUCUGAAGGGACAGCAUUUAGAUGCUCAACAGUUAGAAAUUCCUUAGAAGAGAAAUCAACCCUUGUAAAUCACCAAAAAUGUCAUGAUGGAAAGACAUGUCAUGUGUGUAAAGAGUGUGGGAAGACCUUCAGUCACACUUCUAAACUGAGGAAGCACCAGAAAUUUCACACUAGACUAAUACAUGAGUGCAGUGAUUGUGGGAAAACCUUCAACCACAAACUCACACUUGUUCAUCACCAGAGAAUUCACACAGGAAAAAGGCUUUAUGAGUGCAGUGAAUGUGGGAAAGCCUUUAAUAACAGGUCACACCUCACUCGUCAUGAGAAAGUUCACACUGGAGAAAGGCCUUUUGAAUGCAGCAAAUGUGGAAGAGCCUUCAGCCAAAGCUCCAAUUUCCUUCGGCACCAGAAAGUUCACACUCAAGUAAGACCUUAUGGAUGCAAUCAGUGUGGUAAAGCCUUCAGCCGCAGCUCUGCUCUCAUUCAGCACUGGAGAGUUCACACUGGAGAAAGGCCUUAUGAGUGCAGUGAGUGUGGAAGAGCUUUUAACAAUAACUCCAACCUCGCUCAGCACCAGAAAGUUCACACUGGAGAACGGCCUUUUGAGUGCAGUGAAUGUGGAAGAAAUUUCAGCCAAAGCUCCCACCUCCUUCGACAUCAGAAAGUUCACACUGGAGAACGGCCUUUUGAAUGCACCGAAUGUGGGAAAGCCUUCAGCAAUAGCUCCACCCUCGUUCAGCACCAGAAAGUACAUACUGGGAAAAGGCCUUAUGAAUGUAGUGAAUGUAGAAAGGCCUUCAGCCGCAGCUCCAGUUUGACUCAGCACUGGAGAAUUCAUACCGGGGAAAGACCUUAUGAGUGCAGUGAAUGUGGGAAAGCCUUUGCUCACAGUUCCAGUCUCAUUGAGCACUGGAGAGUUCACACAAGAGAAAGGCCUUAUGAGUGCAGUGAAUGCGGGAAGUUCUUUAGCCAGAACUCCAUUCUCACUAAACAUCAGAAAGUUCACACUGGAGAAAGGCCUUAUGAGUGCAGUGAAUGUGGGAAAUUCUUUAGCCGAAAGUCCAGCCUCAUUUAUCACUGGAGAGUUCACACUGGAGAAAGGCCUUAUGAAUGCAGUGAAUGUGGGAGAGGCUUCAGUAAUAACUCCCACCUGGUUCGUCACCAGAGAGUUCACACACAAGAAAGGCCCUAUGAGUGUAGCCAGUGUGGGAAAGCCUUUAGUGAACGAUCUACACUUGUUCGACACCAAAUAGUUCACACCAGGGAAAGGACUUAUGAGUGUAACCAUUGUGGGAAAGUCUUCAGCCGCCUCUGCAAUCUAGCUCAGCAUAAAAGGAUUCAUACCUGAAUGGAGCCUUAUGGAUAUGGUCCUUCUGAGAAGAUCUUCAGCCAAGUCAAACUUCAUGCAGCAGAAUACCCACAGAGAAGUUACCUACUUGUACCACUAAUGUGGAGAAGCCCUCAGAAUGUACUCUACCCUUUCUGAGCAGCCCACAGCUGAACUAUCUCCCCUUUCCAGCCUGCCUGGAUCCAAAUAUUUGCAGCAAUUAUCUACAUAUACAUGGAAAAACAUCUCUCCUUCCUUUUUCCUGGAGGGAUUCAUGAUUGUCCUGGAUCCACUGGAAUGGCUUCAUUCCCAUUGCCUCUAAGACAGGACGUAAACUAAUCCCAUGCUGGUUGAGGGGCCUUGAGGGAUGUCCAGUUUGGGCUUCUCAGGAAGAUGCACAUUCCUCAUUCCUCAUGGAUGUUGUCAUGUCUGCAUGUAACCCCAAUGAUGUGUCCACUGAGCCCACACAUCACCCUCCCCUUGAAUCACUUAUCUUGGUCUUCUGUAUUCUGCAUAAUAAUAAAGAACUUUAUUGACCAAGUCA